UUCCCAGUCCCGUCCCCAUUCCCAGUGGCCGGCCGAGCCCUCCCAGUCCCGGGGAGCCGCAGCCCCAAAUUUUGUUUUUUUUCCCAAGGCAUUUGCAGGCCUCGAGGAGGGGCCGGGAGCGCGGAGGGAGCGGCGGCGCCGUGGGGACCCUGCCUGGAAGCCGAUGAGAGCAGCUCCGGCUCCCGCCGAUCCCGCCGUGACCGAUGCCCGGAGCUCCCACACCUGAGGCUCACCUGUGCCACCCCCCUGACACCCCCGUGACACGCCUGUGACACGCCUGUGACACGCCUGUGACACGCCUGUGACACGCCCGUGCCCGCGCCGCAGCCCUGCCCAGCCCGCGCCGCUUCGCCCCGCGCCUGGGGCCCGCUGCAAGGCAGGACAUGGACUCCAUGUUCGAGGACGACAUCAGCAUCCUGACCCAGGAGGCGCUGGGGCCCGACGAGGACUGGCUGGACAGCCCCAACACCGACCUGUCGGGCGAGAUGUGCUCGGCCUCGCACUUCGCCCUCAUCACCGCCUACGACGACAUCAAGAACCGGCUCACGGGGCUGGAGAGGGAGAACUCCACGCUCAAGCGCCGCCUCAAGAUGUACGAGGUCAAGUACCCCCUGAUCGGUGAGUUCGGAGAGGAGCACAUCUUCUCCCUCUACGAGGCCAAGGAGAAUUCGCUGCUCAAGAGCGAGAAGGCGUCGCUGCAGCAGCAGCUCAACCAGUUCCAGCACGAGCUCCAGAAGAGCAAAGAGCGGGAGGAGCAGCUGGAGGAGAUGAUCCAGGCGUACGAGAAGCUGUGCGUGGAGAAGGCGGAUCUGGAGACCGAGCUGGGAGAGAUGCGGGCGCUGGUGGAGACUCACCUGAGCCGCAUCCGGAGCUUGGAGCAGCAACUGCGGCAGCGCGACGGCGGCGCCUUCCCCGGGCUGGGCACCCAGGACGUGCCUUUCAUCGCCCUGCACCCCAACCCCGGCCUGAGCCAUGUGCUGGAGCGCGCCGGGGGCUGGCAGAGCCGCGGGCUGGAGGCUGAGCUGGAGGCGGCGCGGCAGGAGAACCAGCGCGCCCAACACCGCGAGGAGCAUCUCAAGGCAGAGUGCGAGAGGCUGCAGGCGGAGCUCAAACACCUGCAGGACACGCGGGAGCAGGAGCAGUCGGAGCGGGACAUGGCCUGGGUGAAGAAGGUGGGCGAUGACCAGGUGAACCUGGCGCUGGCCUACACGGAGCUGACGGAGGAGCUGUGCCGCCUGCGGAACCUCAGCUCCCUGCAGAGCCAAAUCCUGCGGGCGCUGCUGCAGGAAAAGAGCCUCAACGGCGGCCAGCGCCACUCCCCGCUGUCCCAGUGCCACUCCCCGGCUCAGCAGCGCCGCUCGCCAGCCCCUCAGUGCCCCUCGCCCGUUCCUCCGGGACGCUCCCAGUGCCAAUCCCCCGCCCUCCAACGCCGCUCGCCGGGACCCCCAAGCCAAUCUCCGGCCCAGCAGCGCCGCUCGCCAGCCCCCGGCCCUUGCCAGUCCCCGGCCCAGCAGCGCCGCUCCCCGGUGCCCCCCCCCAGCCAGUCGCCCGCCCAGCAGCGCCGCUCGCCAGCCCCGCCGCCUCCGCCCUGCCCUUCUCCAACCUCGGCAUCCCCGCACCGCCUGCCCGGCGAGAGGAUGGAGCUGGCCUACGCCAAACCCUCCAGCCGCCACAUCAAGGCCGGCUUCCAGGGCCGCCGCAGCUACUCGGAGGUGACCAACGUGGCCCUGUACCAGCAGAGCCGCUCGCUCUGGCUGCAGCCCGAAGCCUCCACGCUGCCCAAGCACCGGCCCUACGGCGAGGUUUAUUUGGGGGGCGCGGGGGCCCCGCUGAGCGCCCACGAGCCCUUCGAGGAGCACGUCCGCUUCGAGAAGCAGUCUUCGGACGAGGAGGAGUGGGCGCUGCCCAGCCCGCCCAGCCCCGAGGCCGGGGCCAUCCGCUGCGCCUCUUUCUGCGCCGGUUUCCCCGUGCCCGACACCGACGCCGUGCACCGGACGGCGGCCGCCUACGCCCGGGCCGAGCACGCCCAGUCCUGGCCUUCCAUCAACCUGCUGCUGGAGACGGUGGACUCGGAGGUGCGGAGCUGCCCGCUGUGCCAGCUGGCCUUCCCCAUCGGCUACCCGGACGAUGCCCUGGUCAAACACAUCGAUUCUCACCUGGAGAACAGCAAGAUCUGAGCCUCGCCCCGCACCUUUCCCGACCUCUGGAUGCUGCAUGGAAACACACCGGGAGCGCCCGCCUCCCAAAAUACCUCCAAGUCUUCAGUAGCUACGGAAAGACUGAGCCCCCUCCUCACCCCAGAGCCCCCCGGAGCCCCCAGACUCACCGCCCCCCACCCCGAGUGGGUUCAUGCCCGCCCGCCUCGCCCCCCGGGCCGGGUUUGGAUGCUCCAGCCGGUACCGGGGGGUGGCCGGAGGGGACCCGUGUGUGUCCCUGGCUGUCCCCUGCACCCUCGAGUGUCGCUGCUUGAUCUCAGGGAGGAUCCGAGGGGCCGGGUCCCGGAUCCGGCCCCCUGUGAGCAGGUGAGGGCCCCGUGGGGUCACACUUGGGGUCGGGGCUGGGACUGGGGGGGCGGCAGCUGCUUGUUCUCGGUCCCCUUUGCCUUGUCCCGCCGGUUCAAGCAUUUUUCCACUCUUUUACAUUAAAAGCACCCCCCGAACUCUGCCCCCUCCCCACAACGAUGCUGCAGAGAAACGAACCCCGAGGAGCAGCACGGACCCCUCCCCAAG